CAUGUUUUUCCUCUUCAGCAGCCAGAGUUGAGUGUAACGAUAGUCAGGGGUUACAAUUUUAUCUGCUAUAAUUAAGCGCAAGACUGACUUAAAAAGAAAACAACAACUUUAUUCUAAAUAAUCUUGGAGCGAAACAACUAAAGCAUGGGAGAUCCAAAGAUUACAUUAUAAUUUGCAGUGAUUUCUUUGCGCGAUACUUCUAGUUCGCUGAACUUUAUAAAAAUCUUUCUGUCCUUGGAUGUAACUGAAUGGAUGUAAAUGUGCUGGUUUUCUCCUUAGACAUGAAUAGCUACAGAACCCUCGUGUUCUCCAUGUUACUUCUGCAGAUCUCUGUCAUUCUUCCUCAACAGAUUAUAGAGGUGAAGCAGAAUGAAGCUGCUACUCUCCCCUGUAAUCGGAUAUGUUCUGGUCUGGUCACAUGGACAGUGUUCCUGAAAAGACGCAUAACCCCAUAUGUUGUGGCUGAGUGUAACCAGACAUCAUGCCAGUUCAAGAAGAGAUUUAAAAUGUCCCAUGAUCAGUACCUGAAGGGAGAUCUCUCCCUCACCAUCACUAAUGUUGAUGUCAGUAAGAGGACAAGGUACAAAUGUGAGUGCGAUGGUGUAAAGAUCUGUGAUGUGAGAUUACGUCUUGAACCUCUCAGUUUGGCUGUACAUGUGAAGCGUGGACAAUCUCUCAUCAUGGAUGUCCCAGUGUCAGACCUAAUUUGGUUGUUUUUUACUGGUGAUGCCAGUCAAAACCAUGUCAGACUGUGUGCCCUUUACACAUAUGAAAAAGUUAGUUCUAACUUUUGGAAUGAAUAUGAGAAUAGAGUGUUCUCCAGUACCGGUUUCCAACUGAGGGAGCUGAAAGAGUCUGACAGUGGCCUUUACUCCAUACAGAGUGAUUUUUUCAGUGAAGUCUUCAGAGUGAAUGUAAACGCUUCCAGUAUCCAGCCUGGAGUAACUCUUACCCUGAAAUUGCCUUCAUCCGCAUGGCUGGGUUUUGCAAAUGUGUCAGUUAAUAAGGCUGAUGAUGACACUGCAAACUCUGUCAGGAUGUGUGACAUCUUAAUGUAUGAUACAGAAUGUAUCUCUGAGUAUGAGAAGAGAGUGUCGUUAAGUUUGAGUCUGCAGCUCAAGGAGAUGAAGGAGUCUGAUAGUGGCGUUUACACCCUAUGGGACAUGAGGAAUGAUGAAGUCAUUGCUACAUACACAGUGAAUGUUAAUGAUACACAGUCAAGCCAGGUCGACAAUGCUGUGACAACUGCGCGAGAAGUCAUUCCUACACAUACAGCAACCACAGUCACUGGAAACAAUGACUGGGAUCCUUCUAAUAGUGAUGCUCAUCCUAGAGUGUCCCAGAUUGUUAUAGAGGUGAAGCGUAAUGAGACUGCAACUCUCCCCUGCAGUCAGACGUGUUCUAGUUCGGUCAGAUGGACUGUGUUCCAUAUGUUUCAUAGUGUUCUGGCCUAUUGUCAUGAGAAAACAUGCCGAUUAAAUGUCGAGGGAUUUCAAAUGUCCCAUGACCAGUACCUGAAGGGAGAUCUCUCCCUCACCAUCACUGAUGCUGAUUACACUAAGAGUGGCCGGUACACCUGUGAGUGUGACCAUGUAAAGAUCUGUGAUGUGAAACUACGAAUUGAACCUCUCAGUUUGGCUGUUCAUGUGGAGCGUGGACAAUCUCUUGUCAUGGAUGUACCCGUGUUAGGCCCAGUGGAAGUGUUUUUUACCAGUACUUCUGAUGCCAGUCCAAACCCUGUCAAACUGUGUGACAUUGAAGGACAUAGAAUUUGGUGUAACUGGAAUGAGUAUAAGAACAGAAUGUCCUUCAGUUCCAGUCUGCAGCUGAGGGAGCUGAAAGAGUCUGAUAGUGGUGUUUACACCAUACAGGAUGCGGUUUCCAAGGAAAUCUUGGCAACAUACAGAGUGAAUGUAAAUGAUUCCAGUGUCCAGCCUAGAGAGACCUUUACCCUGCAAUGGCCUUCAUUUGUGCUAGUGAUAUAUGUGUCAUUUAGCAAGUCUAAUGAUGACAUGGCACACCCUGACUGGAUGUGUAUGAUUACAAGGUUUGGUACUGACUGUAAUGAGAAGAGAGUGUUGCUCAGUUCCAGUCUGCAGCUCAAGGAGAUGAAGGAGCCUGAUAGUGGCGUUUACACCAUACGGGACAUCUGGAACGAUGAAGUCAUUGGUACAUACACAGUGACUGUUAAUGAUAAGGAGCUGAUUGAGAUGCCAUGAUGUAGCCUGGUGUCUGAAAGCCCAGUUUGCAAGGUGAACAACAAGCUGAUUUCCUGAUAACCAUUGAGGACUUGUAGGAUCUUUUGUGCCACAAUGUGAAAUUAGGAGUAUCUAGUGUUUGUCAUCUAUGAUAUUGUCCUCAUUAUUGCAUGUCUGCUACUAAAACUAAUGGUGUCAUGUCUGUACUCAUAGCAAGAUCAUCUGAAAUUGGUGUAAUCUAUUUUAGCACAGUGAGGUAAUAAAACGAUAUUGUAAGCAGAAAAAUGCAAAUGGAUUAAAAUAAACUGGGUUUAGGUAGAAAAAGGCCUCAGUAGGCUUCAAUGGAAGGCUUCAGAAGGCCUGUGUUAAGCCUCUAGAGGCCUCAGUCAAAGGCCUCGGUCAAGUUGGUACCGGAAUAAACAAUAUUGCCACAAUGGGCACCAGGUGGUUUGAAUGAGAUCACGUAAAAAAAAGAAACGAAAAAAAGUUUAUGGUUGGAUAUAAUGGUACCAAACUCUAAUUUGUAUAAGUAAUGAAUAUCAGUUUGCAUAUAAUAAAUAAUGCAUGGUUUCGACAUAAUGGUGGAAAUGCUGAAAAGUACUACGUUAAAAAAUAAAAGCGGUUAUGUAACUGUUCUUGAAGAAAGUUUAUAAUGAUCGAGUCCUCCUCGGACUUUGAGACAUUCUCUGGACUAUGCCUCAUUUGUACGUUAUAUUGAACUGCAAAUAAACCUGCUAUUCUCCUCAAUUAA